AUGACUACUCAGAUCACUCCCUCGAAAACGGCAGCAUCUGCAAUUGAGAGCCUAAAGAUGGGUGACUCCCCUGUCAAGAAGCUCAAUUUUGAGUCCGCCGGGAAGGAGAACAUCCCAUUGAACGCCGACGCGCCAAUUAUGGACGACAUCGAGGUCAAGAAACCAGUCGUUGAGGAAGCCAAGAAAGAACAGGCGGUUGCCAUUACAUCAACGCUUAAGCCCGAGGAGGCGGAUGAGCCUCUCCUCCGAGAAAACCCCCACCGCUUUGUCCUGUUCCCGAUCAAGUACCACGAGAUCUGGCAGAUGUACAAGAAGGCCGAAGCAUCUUUCUGGACCGCGGAAGAGAUUGAUCUGUCGAAAGAUCUCCACGAUUGGAACCAAAAGCUUAACGACGACGAACGCUAUUUUAUCUCCCACGUUCUUGCAUUCUUCGCAGCAUCAGACGGAAUCGUCAACGAGAACCUUGUCGAGCGCUUCAGCGGGGAAGUCCAAGUACCGGAGGCUCGUUGCUUCUAUGGUUUCCAGAUCAUGAUGGAGAAUAUCCACUCCGAGACAUACUCCCUCCUCAUUGAUACAUACAUCAAGGAACAAGCCCAACGAACAUAUCUCUUCAACGCCAUUGACACCAUUCCCUGUAUCAAGAAGAAGGCAGACUGGGCAGUUCGAUGGAUCGAGGACAAGGACUCUACAUUCGCUCAACGUCUUGUAGCAUUUGCCGCAGUUGAAGGCAUCUUCUUUAGUGGAUCAUUCGCAUCCAUCUUCUGGUUAAAGAAGCGUGGAUUGAUGCCCGGACUUACCUUCUCCAACGAACUUAUCUCGCGUGACGAAGGUCUCCACACCGAUUUCGCAUGCCUUCUAUUCUCUCACUUAAACCACCGCCCAAGCAAGAAAGCCGUCGAAGAUGUUAUCACCGAGGCAGUUCAAAUUGAGCAAGAAUUUUUAACUGAGGCUCUUCCCUGUGCGCUCCUCGGCAUGAACGCAAACCUUAUGAAACAAUAUAUCGAGUUCGUCGCCGACCGUCUCCUGGUCGCGCUUGGCAACGACAAGGUCUACAAGUCGGCCAAUCCAUUCGACUUUAUGGAGAACAUUUCUCUUGCUGGCAAGACCAACUUCUUCGAGAAGCGUGUUGGUGACUACCAGAAAGCCGGAGUAAUGGCCGGCACACAAAAGAAGCACGAGGAUACAGUUGCUCAAGCCGAGUCCAAGGCAGAAAAUGGUGGAGACUUCAACUUUGAUGAAGACUUCUAG